AUGUACGGACGACGCCUGUUAGAGCGAAGUAAAGGUUUAAUAAGUUUGUGUCUCGUAAAGUCAGCGAUACGAAGUUACGGGGCACAAUUCCCGCCAUGUCCACCACAGGUGCCGCUACCUCCUGAAGAACCAUGCCCUCCGUGUCCACCACCUUCUUGCCAGCGUCCGUGCCCUCCGUGUCCUCCAUGCGGACCGUACGGACCAUCAUCGACACAAAGUUCACCUCCGACAAUAGCUCGUCCACCUUUUUACCACUGCCCAAGGAAUAAAUACGAAGUUCAAUGGAUUUACAUAAACGAUACACCUCCGAGAACUACAGUGAAGGACUUCGUUGAUAGAGCUGUGCAAAUCUGUUUUUGGACUGAAAUAUUUCGAGGUUUGGGCGUCACUUUGGGCCACAUAUUUAAAGAGCCGGCGACGUUGAAUUAUCCGUUCGAAAAAGGGCCACUGUCACCUCGAUUCAGAGGUGAACAUGCUUUGCGUAGAUAUCCUUCUGGUGAGGAACGAUGCAUCGCUUGUAAGCUUUGCGAGGCAGUGUGCCCGGCACAGGCCAUUACAAUCGAGGCAGAAGUGCGUUGCGAUGGUGCUCGACGGGCCACGCGUUAUGAUAUUGAUCUCACUAAAUGUAUCUUCUGCGGGUUCUGCCAGGAAGCCUGUCCCGUUGAUGCCAUAGUUGAGGGACCCAAUUUCGAAUACUCUACAGAAACCCACGAGGAACUUCUUUACAAUAAAGAAAAACUGCUCUUUAAUGGCGAUCGGUGGGAGCCGGCAAUCGCAAGUAAUAUCAGAGACAAUCAUUUAUAUCGAUGAAUGUAUUACGUUACUUAUAUUAUUAUUAUGAAUUACUUCAACUAUUCGUUUACAGUAUUCGGUAAUGUGCCGGUUAACGAGUGAUGCGAAUUUACUCCACCUCUGUCGCUAUAAAGUCUAGGUCCUCUAUAACUAAACUGUUUUUAUUUGUAUUUUUUGGUGUCAUUAAAUCGUCACAAUAUUAUUAAUCACGUUUAUUGCAUAGGUCCUUAAUUUCAUAAUAUCAAUAUCUUGUUCGAAUUCUAAUAUUAACCCCUUUUAAGGACAGGACUUAAAAAGGACCGCACACGAAAAUGUCAGUAUUUGUCUUGCCGCAUUGCUUACAUUGAUUCAAUAUAAAAUUUAUGUAAAUCUAAUUAAUAUAAUUUACAAAAUUCAAUGAUUUGAAUUCAAUACGUUAUUAAGCGUUGAUAUUACCUUAGCUCGAAUUAAAAUUUUUCCCGUACUAA